AUGGCGGAGAAAGCGGCUCGUCAAGAGGCUGAGCGUUCCAUUUCCUCGGACAAGAAUAUUUUUCUCCAACAAGCAAUGUUGAAAUACAUCGAAACGCUUAGCGGUGCAAAUUCUGUUUCGACCCCUGCGUACUCUCCGUGGACGGCAAUGUUCACACAACAAUUUCAGCCCCCUCUUGCUGCACCUCCCCAACUUUCUGGUAUUCCUCCCCCUUCUCCCGUUUCUGGUGUCCCCCCGUCAUAUUCUUAUCCCACACAACCAAAUUCAAAGCUCCAGCAACUGCUUCAGGGUAUUUCGAAUGUUGUUGCAUCAAAAUCAAUUCCUAGUGUGACGAACACAGGUCCAGCUGAUGUGAUUGCUGCAGCACACGCUAAUCUGUCUCGCUCACGGUCCAGUCGCUUUGAUAUUUCGUCUUCUCCUCCAUCAGCGGCUCCAAUGGCACCUCAAGAAUCCUAUCAAUCCUACACACAAAGCUUCUCCCCGUAUCCUCCCCAAAUGUUCAAUUUGCAGGCACAAUCAAAACCCCCAACCUCUCUCGUCAAUGUCGAUGCUCUCCUUCAAGCUUGGAAGUAUCAAGUAUUUAAUUCUCAUAGAACUGCCCCGCCAGGUUUACAGGGAAAUGAAUGGAGAUCUCGAUUGAAGCUCUUUGUUGAAUGUCGCGAUCGCCAAGUACGAGAGACACAUGCUACACCUCAUUGGUUGAGAGAUUGUUUAAAACCGACUGUCGAUGAAAUUCUCAACGAAACAAAAUCAGUGGGACUACCAGAUAUCCCUCCGCUCUCUGUUUUCUCUCCCAAUCCUCCUCCCCCAGCGACAGAUAGUCUGUCUCCAGUAUCGUCUUCAGAUGACUCAUCCACUCAAAGUCGUUCUAAACAUCGAGGAAAACGUCGUCGUUCAACAAGUACCUCAUCAAUGUCCAAAUCUUCGACAUCUUCCGUGCCGAAACGCUCUUCUCUUUUCGAAAUUGACAAACAUGGACACAAAAGGGUUCGUCUCUCUGUCCCUGAAGAAUAUAUUCAAUUGGGAAAUCGAACUGGAAGAAAGAAAAAAACAAAAGCAGAACGAAAAGCUUCCCGAAUCAUGACGACAGCCGAAGAGAGACGAAAGCGCGAUGAUCGUCUAAGAAGGUUUGGUUGUGAUGAGCCUUCAUCAAGUCCAUUCUUUGAUCAAGAGGUGGGUCUUGUAAUGGGAUAUGAGGAGAUUGGGACUGAUUGGAUUGGACGCAAUGGAGUCUUAGUUGUUUCUUCUGCGUUGACGACAUCCGAGGGAUUACGAAUGAUGAGUUGGCAGGAAAAGCUAGCGAUGUUAACAAGCAGGGAACGUGUGGUUGGUCUCAGUCAGCUGUUAGAGAAAUCAUACUUGAGACUGUGUGGACCACCGGAUCCAGCGUUGGUAAGGCCCGAAGCGGUUCUAGUGAAAUCGCUAAGACAUUGCUUAGAGAGAUGGAAGAAGGAAAGGGACUAUCGCUUCAUUGAGGAGCAAUUUCGUUCAAUACGUCAAGAUCUUACAGUUCAAGGAAUACGAAAUGCUUUCACAACUCAGGUGUAUGAAACAAAUGCACGUGUAGCUCUAGAAAAUUCCGAUUUGGGACAGUUUAAUCAAUGUCAAACUCAACUCAGGGAAUUGCAUAAGUCCAUGAAUCUUCCGCUAGAGGAAAGUCAUCGUGAAGAGUUCUUGUGUUAUCGUAUAUUAUAUUUAUCUUUGAUGAAUAUGCGGCAUGAUUUACUGAAACUAUCCGGUGAAUUGACGACAGAAGAGAAACGACUCAAAGGUGUUCAAUUCGCUGAUGCGUUUCGUCGAGCGUCUGUUGAAGGAAAUUUGCAUCGCGUUCUCAAGCUCACUGCAAAAGGUCCCUUUCUGUCGUCAACUCUCAUCAAUAUUUUCAUCAAUCGACUCCGCAUGACGUAUUUAGUUUUGAUAGCACGGGCUCAUUACACCGCAAAUUUGUCUUUCUUAAAGGAUGAAUUAAUGUUCAGUACAGAAGCUGAGUGCAAAUAUUUCUUGAGUCAAGCAAAGGCCGUCUGGACAUCAUCUGAUUCCCUUGAUUGCAAGAAAUCGUUUCCUUUGUUUGAAGCAUCUCCAUUAUUACAAGCAAGAAAAGUUCAAGCUCUUGGGUAG